GCGUGGGCCAUAGCGACGGCGGGCGCGCUGUGGGAAGAUGGCGGCUCCGGCCUCGGCGGUGCGGGGGUCUCCGUGAGCCUAGCGCUCGCUCUUUUCCCCCUUCCUCUCCUCGCUCCCGCACCCCGUCCCUCCCGGCUGCCCCCCACCUCUUCUCCUUCCCCGGCAGAGGCGUAGGGACCAUGUCGGACUCGGAGGAAGAGGAGAGUCUGGACCGCCAGCUCAAGCUAGUAGUGCUGGGGGACGGUACCACUGGCAAGACAUCCUUAGCCAGACGGUUUGCCCAAGAGACAUUUGGAAAACAGUACAAACAAACCCUAGGACUGGACUUCUUCUUGAAAAGGAUAAUGUUGCCAGGAAAUUUGAAUGUUACUCUUCAAGUGUGGGAUGUAGGGGGGCAAACGAUAGGAGGCAAAAUGCUGGAUAAAUACAUCUAUGGAGCUCAGGGUAUUCUUUUGGUUUAUGAUAUUACCAACGGCCAGAGCUUUGAAAACUUAGAAGACUGGUAUAAUGCAGUCAAAAAAGUGAAUGAAGACUCAGAAACACAGCCACUUAUGGCUCUGGUUGGAAAUAAAAUUGACUUGGAGCACAUGCGCACAGUGAAAGUUGACAGGCACCAACGAUUUUGUCAGGAAAACAAUUUCAGUAGCCAUUUCGUGUCAGCCAAGACAGGAGAUUCUGUCCUCCUGUGUUUUCAGAGAAUUGCUGCUGACAUACUUGGCAUCAAAUUAAACAAAGCAGAAUUGGAACAGUCACAGCGUGUUGUCAGGGCAGAACUAGUGAAAUAUCCUGAAGAAGAUAACCAGCAUCACAACACUUCCAGCUGCCAGAGCAAAGUCUGCUCAAUGCAGUAGUUCAGAGGGUGGUGAAGGCUGAUAUUGUCAACUACAGCCAGGAGCCUGUGACAAGGACUGUUAAUCCUCCUAGAAGCUCAAUGUGUGCAGUUCAGUGACCGUGGUGUUCUCCUCUCUUUGGAUCCCUUUGGAGAUGCCUCUACCUUGACGAAGGCUCUGGGAUUACAAGGAACUUUGUUUUUACAGGGACCAUCCCAACAGUGCAAUUGGAGCUUUCAGAAACUCUUGCACCACUCUAUGCCAAGAAGCAGCAGGCAGUUUAUUGACUGACCAAAAAAAAUUCAAAGAUGAGACCCCACACUUCAAAAAAUUAAGGUCUACAUUCUUAAAAAAAUUUAUUUAAAUCAGUAUAACUAUGUUUCUAUGUUUUCUCCUAUCUGUUUGACUGAUACUGGAACAAAAAUGGAUGAAAAAAUCCUGCAUUCAAAAUACUUUUAAAGACAUCACCAUAAAAAGGUAUUUUGCUAAAGUGUUUUCAAAGUUUUUUUCCCCAUUUUUUUUUUUCCUCCUGUGAUCUGAACUAGCACUCAGCAAAAUGUAACUUGGAAAAGAUAUUUUUGGGAUAAUUUAAAACACUUAAUACAUUUUAUUUAGGGAUAAUUUGAAAGUAUUCCAUUAAUAUAUAUACAUAGUGCAAAAUGUCUAAAUUGUAUGCAGUAAGAAACAAUGCUCAAAAUAAAAAGUUAUAUUAUAAAAGUGCUCUCCUGCAGC